CAUUGUUUGCAGAACUUUUCAAUGAAAUGCUUCAAAGAGAUUUUGGAGUCAGAAUAUACAAAUCAUUACUCUCUCUUCCUGAGAAAGAGGACAAAAAAGAAAAGGAGAAGAAAAGCAAAAAAGAUGAGAGAAAGGAUAAAAAAGAAGAAAGAGAUGAUGAUAUUGAUGAUCCAAAACCAAAACGGAGAAAAUCAGGAGAUGAGAAAGACAAAAAAGAAGACAGAGAUGAGAGGAAGAAGGAAGAAAAGAGAAAAGAUGAUUCUAAAGAUGAUGAUGAAACUGAAGAAGAUAAUAAUCAAGAUGAGUAUGACCCAAUGGAGGCAGAAGAAGCUGAGGAUGAAGAAGAUGAUAGGGAAGAGGAAGAAAUAAACAAACGAGAUGACAAAAGAGAUGUCAACCGAUACUGCAAGGAGCGACCAUGUAAAGAUAAGGAAAAAGAAAAGCCUCAGAUGGUCACAAUUAACAGGGAUCUCCUAAUGGCUUUUGUUUAUUUUGAUCAAAGUCAUUGUGGUUACCUCCUUGAAAAGGAUUUGGAAGAAAUACUAUAUACUCUUGGAUUGCAUCUUUCUCGGGCUCAGGUAAAGAAACUUCUCAAUAAAGUAGUACUCCGAGAAUCGUGCUUCUAUCGGAAAUUAACAGACACCUCAAAAGAUGAAGAGAACCAUGAAGAGUCAGCAUCAUUACAGGAGGAUAUGCUAGGAAACAGAUUAUUACUUCCAACACCAACAGUAAAACAGGAAUCAAAAGAUGGAGAAGAAAAUGUAGGACUUAUCGUGUACAACGGUGCAAUGGUAGAUGUCGGAAGUCUCUUACAAAAAUUGGAAAAAAGUGAAAAAGUAAGAGCUGAGGUAGAACAGAAACUCCAGUUACUAGAAGAAAAAACAGAUGAAGAUGGAAAAACUAUAUUAAACUUGGAGAAUUCUAACAAAAGCCUCUCUGGUGAACUCAGAGAAGUCAAAAAAGACCUGGGUCAGUUACAAGAAAACUUGAAGGUUUCAGAAAACAUGAAUUUGCAAUUUGAAAACCAAUUGACUAAAACUCUCAGAAACUUAUCAACAGUCAUGGAUGAUAUCCACACUGUCCUCAAAAAGGAUAACAUAAAGAAUGAAGACAGAGAUCAGAAAUCCAAGGAGAAUGGUUCCAGUGUAUGAUACAGUGCAUUUGGUGAUGAGGAGUGGUGUUAAAUAAUGUACUAUAUUAAAAAUCAUGAUACAGGAAUGUUUGAAGGCAAUGCAUGUUUGAUUUUAGUAGUAUAAACAUAUGUUAGUUCAAAUGAUGUAUAAAGUUUUAUGAAUGUGAGUCUGCUUUUGAAAAUUGCCUGUAAUUUCUAGCAUUCAAAUUAUUAAAUACUCACUGAGUGGAAGAAUUUUGCGUUGCAAAAUCUUUUAGGAUGAACUUUGUUAUAGUUUUAACCCCAAUAAAGUUCAUCAGUUUAAUUGAAAGCAACAUGUAAUUACUAAAUGUCUUUUAUUGAAAUAUCUAGAAAACUUGUUUUAUUUAUAGAAUUGUUAGUUUUAUAGUUCAUUUCAGUUUUGGUAUAUAUCAGAAUAGCAUGCUGCUUAAUUUUUGCAAUUCUUUUGAACUAAAUAUUUUCAGUCUUUAAAUACAUUUGUUAAAUCUAUUCAUAUACUGGGCCUGGUAGCAUAUUCCAGUAAUCCCAAAAUUUUGAGUUGGAGGUCAGGCUGGACUACAUAAUGAGACCUAGAUAGUCUCAGAAACAAUGCAAUUAAUCCAAAAGAUAUUGUAUCUAAAACCUACAACUAAAAAAAGAGAUAUUGUAUCUAAAACCUACAACUAAGAAAGCAAUAGAAAGGUAGCUAGCAUUAUGCUUAGGAUUUAUAUUAAUUAAUAGUCUUAAUGGUACUGUUACUGCACUCAGCUAAUUGUUUUAUUUGCCCUGAGUACUUUCUAUAUUAAUUUUGAGAAGUGAAAAAAAGAGUGGAUAUCAAAAUGUACAAUUUAGUAACGAGCCAGUAGAUUGUCAGUAUGAUUGAUGCCUUAAGUUAAGUCAUAAUUAAAAAUAUUUUUUUAAUUAGCCUGUGUAGUUCCUUUAGAAUUUGGUGGAUGCUUAAGACUUAAAAAGACAGGAAAUAUGACUUACCAUAAAUCAAUGGGUUUUAGUGGGGUAAAUUUAUUCUACAGAGCACAUUUGAUAAUACUUAGAAGUUUAAAAGUGUCCUCUUGAUUGAUUCAUCAUCUAGUUGGUAGAGUCUUAGUUGUCACUCAGCAUCCUGCAUGUUGUAGGAACGCCCCAACAAGGAAUUUUUCAGGCCCAUCUGCCAGUAGUGCUCAGUUUGAGAUACACUACAAAGGGAAGAGAGAGCUAGGUAAUUUUGUGUGUAGAGAGCUAGGUAAAUUUUGUGUGUCAGGUUAUUCUAGUGAAAGCAGACUUGCCAGGUAUAGUGCCACACGCUUUGAUUGCAGCACUUGGGAGCCAGAGGCAAUCAGAUCUCUUUUGAGUUCAAGGCGAACCUGGUCUACAACCUUUGACUAUCUGGACAGCCUGGGCUAUGUAGUGGCCCUGUAUUUAAAGAAAUUUUUAAAAAACAGCAACUAUCAAAUCUUAUUUUGCUUUAUUUUAUUUUGGUGGAAUAAUAGUCAAAUAUUCACUAUAGGUGAAUAUUAUAAUGUAAUAUAAUAUUAGCCAUUUAUCUAAGCUAAAUAGAAUACACUCCCUGUGGCUAUCAGAAGGAAUGCCUUAAAGGACCUCAGAUUUUUUCAAACCAUGUUUUGUUUUAAAAUAAUGUUUUCUUAUAGGUGUUUUUUUGGGGGGGGAGGGAUUGUUCUUUUAAUGUAUAUUUUAUGUGUAUAGAUGAUUUGCCUGCAUGCAUGUCUCUGCAACACAUAGUAUUCAGAGUGCCUACAAAGGCCAGAAGUGGGUGUUGGAUCCCCUGGAACUGGAGUUACAGGUGGUAAUGACCUACCAUGUAGGUGUUGGGAAUUGUACCUGCUCUUCUCUAGAGGAGCAAACUGUUUGUUGAGCUACCUCUGUAGCUCUCUCCUAGUACUGGCUGACCUUGAAUAUACAGAAGUCUGCCUGCCUCUGCCACCCAAGUGCACACGUGGUUCUUGAAGUGUAUUUCUAAGACAGUUUUGUUUUGUUUUUUUGUUUGUUUUGUUUUGUUAAGUAAAAAACAGUAAUGAUUAAAAGAAUUUAUAUAUAGUAA